CUCCGAGCGCCGGGUCCCGAGCAGGCAGCGCAGUGCCCGUCCUGGGAACGGAGGCGACCCGGCUCCCGGGCUCUCUGCACGCGCUCGCACUCCUUCCGUGGUCCCUGACCCCCUCCCGGGCCGAACCGCGAUCGUCCCCUCCGAGCCCCCCUCCGCUCCCCCCUCGGCGCCGGGCACCCCCACCCCGGGCACCUGGGACCCGCACAUGCCCAGCGCACGCGGCGCGCCAACCCUGCUAGAAGUUGGCGGCCCCUGAGUUGGAGGCCGCUGAGGAGCCGGCACCGGAGAAAGAAGCCAGCCUGCGGCUGCCGGUCAAGAGGAGACGGCGAACCCCGCGUCGGGCCCAGAGACCACACUCCGGGCCCCCAAAGUGGAGCCUCAACUUGGCCACGACUGCACCUGUUUGCACAGCUCCACGGAGACCGAGCCGGCGGCGGCGGCGACCACCCCGGCCUUCAACCUCUUUGGCAAGUGAUUUGUGCCCGAGGCGGAACUUUGCACCUGCGAGCUGGACCGGCGUUAAGUGCGUGUGUUUUUUGCCCUUUUUUGUUGUGGUUGCCUCCAUCCAACCCUCUUCUUCUCCCCGCUAGGCACCCCCACCCCCAGUGUCACCGGGUCGAGCCCCUCUCCGUCCUCCCGCCCCGCCCGGCCGUCUAUGCUCCAGGGCCUCUCUCUGCGGUGCCGGUGAACCCGCGAACCGCCCCGAUGUACAGUAUGAUGAUGGAGACCGACCUGCACUCGCCCGGCGGCGGCCCGGCGCCCACGAACCUCUCCGGCCCGGCCGGGGCGGGUGGGGGCGGCGGCGGGGGAGGCGGCGGCGGGGGCGGCGGGGGCACCAAGGCCAACCAGGACCGGGUCAAGCGGCCCAUGAACGCCUUCAUGGUGUGGUCGCGCGGGCAGCGGCGCAAGAUGGCCCAGGAGAACCCCAAGAUGCACAACUCGGAGAUCAGCAAGCGCCUGGGCGCCGAGUGGAAGGUCAUGUCCGAGGCCGAGAAGCGGCCGUUCAUCGACGAGGCCAAGCGCCUGCGCGCCCUGCACAUGAAGGAGCACCCGGAUUACAAGUACCGGCCGCGCCGCAAGACCAAGACGCUGCUCAAGAAGGACAAGUACUCGCUGGCCGGCGGGCUGCUGGCGGCGGGCGCGGGCGGCGGCGGCGCGGCCGUGGCCAUGGGCGUGGGCGUGGGCGUCGGCGCGGCGGCCGUGGGCCAGCGCCUGGAGAGCCCCGGCGGCGCGGCGGGCGGCGGCUACGCUCACGUCAACGGCUGGGCCAACGGAGCCUACCCCGGUUCGGUGGCGGCGGCGGCCGCCGCCGCGGCCAUGAUGCAGGAGGCUCAGCUGGCCUACGGGCAACACCCGGGCGCGGGCGGCGCGCACCCGCACGCGCACCCCGCGCACCCGCACCCGCACCACCCGCACGCGCAUCCGCACAACCCGCAGCCCAUGCACCGCUACGACAUGGGCGCGCUGCAGUACAGCCCCAUCUCCAACUCGCAGGGCUAUAUGAGCGCGUCGCCCUCGGGCUACGGAGGCCUCCCGUACGGGGCCGCGGCCGCCGCCGCCGCCGCCGCGGGCGGAGCGCAUCAGAACUCGGCCGUGGCCGCGGCGGCGGCGGCGGCGGCCGCGUCGUCGGGCGCCCUGGGCGCGCUCGGCUCGCUGGUCAAGUCGGAGCCCAGCGGCAGCCCUCCCGCCCCCGCGCACUCGCGGGCGCCGUGCCCCGGGGACCUGCGCGAGAUGAUCAGCAUGUACUUGCCGGCCGGCGAGGGCGGAGACCCGGCGGCGGCUGCGGCGGCCGCGGCCCAGAGUCGACUGCACUCGCUGCCGCAGCACUACCAGGGCGCGGGCGCGGGCGUCAACGGCACGGUACCCCUGACGCACAUCUAGCGCCGCGGGGACCCGGGCGCGCCGCGACCCUCUCCACGGCCGGCCACCCGGCAAUCCAGGCGGCAGCCUCUGCCCAGCGCGGCCUGGCUUUGGUACGGACACUUCCACUCGCUUGUAAAAAACAAAAAAAUCAAAACAAAACAGGACAAAAAGCAGACCGUGGAGACGGAGCCGCCGGGUGACUUCUGUUCCGCCUGCCCUUCCCGGGACUCCCUUCCCGAGGCGCACACUCCAGGCUCGCGUCUUAAGACUGAACUUCGGUGGUGUUUUCUUUUGAGACCUUUUGUACAGUAUUUAUCGUCCACGGAGGAGGCCGAAAGCGUUUUCUCUGCUGAGGGGGACAAAGACGGAACCCAGCGAGGCGAUGCCGACUUUUUUGUAUCCCAGCGGCGUCCUAACUCUCCUCGUGGCAUCGCUCCCCGCCGGCUUGUCUGCCCCCCCGAGGCCAAGCGACCGACCGCGAGCUGUUCUCACUGGUUAAAAAUGUAGUAAGACACAUCCAAACAUUUACAAGUUUUUGUAGUUAUUACCGCUCCUUUGGGUUGGUUUGUUAAUUUAUACAAAGAGAUUCUCCCCUCCCUCUUCCCCUCAGACGGUGGAGUUGUAUUCUGGGUUUUGUAAAGCUUUCUGUACCUGAGUAUCUCCAUUUUUUUGGUUUUGUAUCAUUUCUUGUAAAUGCAUUGUGAAAUUUUUAUUUGGGGCGUUGCGGUGCGGGGAAGGGGAGUCAGAUUGUGUACAUAGUUUCUUCCUUACAUGCUUUUCAUCUAAAAUGGAAAAAAAAUCCCCCUAAAGUUGCAUCAUUUUGAAUCAACACAUUAAGAGAAAAAAAGUCCGUUUUCCCUAUGAAAUUGAAACGUGCUAAUUUUAUAUGCAUGCCUUAUGAGUUCAAAAUACAAUUAGUAAUCUCUUGGAGAAGAAAUUAUCAGUCGGAUGCAAGAGGAAGGGAACCCCAGGGAGCGCGCGGUACGGUUUUUGCGAGGUUUACUCAGUGGGAGGGAAGAAAGUUAAAAUUCAUGGAUUGUUCUGUAGAGUUGAAGUGUUAAUACAGAAAGAGAACUAGUUACAAAGGCAUUUUCUCCUGGUCUGGCUUUGUAACUGCGCUGCCACUGGCGGGCUUUGCCUGUGGCUGUGCCCUCCACCUGCUGGAGCCGGCCUGGUCCUCGUCUGAUGGAGGAAGCCUAGUGCCACGGAAAGACCAGGCCAGGGAUGGGGGACAAAGGCCACCGCAGAGACAGGGUGCCUCGGAUUCCCAGCAAAUUAGAAUUGCACGUGGAAUUUAUCUGAAUUUGGUUUAGGGAAGCAAUCACUGGACCAAAAUGUACCGCUGCUGAGUCCUAUGCUCCUAUCCCAGCCACAGCCUCUUCCCCAUUGAGUCCAGCCCAGCCCCUCCCUCCAGUCUUCCCUGGGAAAGUGCAAAAUAAAUUUGCCGGUUUACACACACACACACACACACACACACACGCACGCACUAUUAUCCACUCCUCCCCCGCGUGAACUGGGAUGAAGUUGCUAGCGGAUGUAAACGCAAAAUGCCAUGUUUAUUAUUCCUGACAAGAUCUCGAGGUUGUUUGAUGCUUUAAAUUUUUUAAUUAUAUUUUUUCUAGGUGUUUAUUGGUACAUUGCAGUUUUUUCCUGAAAUUUAAAGUUUUCUGUAAAACUUUGUCUUCAAAUAAUCUGACAGCAUUAAAUAUUGCAUUUAAAAGUUAUACUGUAGCAAAUAUGUUUUGAAAUUAAUCAUGAAAUUAAGAUGAAAUUCUAUUUUUUGAAGGAAAAGCCAUUUAAAUCCAAAUGGUAAAUAUGCUUAACUUCAGCAGCCUUAAGCAUCUCCCUCUCAUAUUUUUUCCCCUCAGAAUCUUUUCUUAUGAUGAGUAUGGACUACCCAUUUAGAGCGGGCCUGUUCUGUCAAUUUACCGAGAACCGAUUUCUGCUUGGUGGGACGAUAGCGUCCAGAAUAAUGCUAAUCUGACAAUUGACAAGUGUGAUUUUUUAAAAAAAGUUAUUUUGAUAAUUUUGCUUAAAUUCCUCGUUCCUUAAAACUAUUGCAAAAAAGAAGAAUCAAGGGAAAUGUCCACCUCUUUCUAAUAAGGUAAUAAAAGCUCCCCCCUUCCCUUUA